CUGGGCCAUUCUUUUAGUUUUGUUUUCACUGAAAUGUAACAUCUGGGACUUAUAAAGACACCCACAACACUUCAUUUUGAUCAUGCUCAAACGCUUUAAUCUUCUGCUGCUGCUGGGCCUUUUCGAUUACAGCGGAACCAACGUUAUAACCGUGAAAGGAAAAAAGGGAGGCAACGCCACUCUGUCGUGUGAAAUUGAGGCCAAAGACAUUUAUUAUGUUGAGUUAAGCAGGUUAAAAAGCGUCGUUUUUUGUCAGAAUGAAGAACGUGAGAGUGAGAGUCAAAAUGGAAGAGUAUUUAGGAACAAAUCAUGUGACGUGAUUAUCACGGAUCUGAGACUGAGUGAUGCUGGGAAAUACAUUUUGAAAGUCUUUUACACCGAUACUCAGACAGAAGUGAAGGAACAAACCAGCGUGUACCGACUUCAUUUUCAUGGUGAGAUUUCUGUGAAGAAAGGUGAGGAGCUGAAGCUGGACGUUCUGUUGUCCAACGCUUAUAAAGUCGUGCACUGGACCAAAAGAGGCACAGGGGAGAAGGAGGACUGGAUCAGAGGUCGUGGGGUCAGGAGUCAUCGAGUGACCUUUAGAGAUGGAAACCUGAUCAUUAAUAACUUUACAGCCACUGACGCUGGAACAUAUGAGGUUCUGGACACUGAAGGAGGAAUCCUGAUCAUGCUGACAAUCAAAGAAUCAAAGAAGAAAAUAAACGACACAAACGGUGAAUCGCGACGAGAUACUUCCCCUCCACCUGAUAUAUAGUGGAUUGUCCUAGUUACCCUUUUGGUGAUACUUCUUGCUUCAAAAUUAAAACUGCACAGAAGCACUAUUUAAAUAACAGUAAAUAAGGGCAGGAAGCUUAUACUGCAUUUUUUAAAUCACUAUCUGUCAUUAAAAAAAUUAAGGUAAACUUAUUUAUUAUGUUACACAUUUAAAUAUACAAACAACAGGAAAAGCAACUGUGCAUAUAAAAUAUCACACUAAUUUACCCUCCAUUUAAUUAAAAAACUAUUUUCCACGCUAUAUGGUUUUCUCCAGGGAAUGCAGUAUAUAUAAUAGCACCCCCAUCUGUUCUGAGCCACUGUGACAAAAAAAUUACUUUUUAAUAAGAUAUUAUACAUAAACAAAAGAUAAUCAAAACAUUUUCGAUUGUUACUUGCUUAGCUAUUUUAAACGAGCUCGAAACGUUGGUCACAUUGUGAUUCAUGAAUAAAACUAAAUUAAAUUAAAUUAAAAAAAUGUAAUUAUAAACAUCAUGAUUCUUAACGUAUUUCUGUUUUAUGUACAGAAAUUGUGUCACAUUUUCUUUAAAUAUAAAUAAAAGGUUUCCUGUACUGCAUAAAUUUGUCCUUGUAUG